CUCAGGGGCAGAUUGAAUCACUGCGGCUUUGUGCGCAUUACGUAAGGCAGUGUGAUGGGGCCUAGCGGGGAGAAAUCAGACGAUCCGCGCACCAAUUGGCCAAUUAAACACUCGGGCUUGGGUCAGUAACCGCCGUUUAUGCCAGGUUACCUUGUGCAUUUUAUGAAAGUCCUGUGCUUUCCUUCUGUUUACAUCGACAACUCUUGCCUCCUCCUGACAGCCAUGGACACGCAUGGGCAUAUACAACGAUCAAAGAGAAUUAUCAGGCUUUGGCUAGCCCCUCUGCCGCAUGUGCCCCUAUCUAUUUCUUGACGGUUUCUGCCUUUGUUUGCCUGAUGUUUGUUGGUCCUUGGUUGCCCUUGUCAUUCAAUGUUCAGGUACCCAACAUUUUGCCUCUUCCUUGACUCGUUGGACACUGACACUCGGUUAUUCCGUAAAGUCUGCCGGCAAAUCAAUGGAGCCGACAUCGGAUAACGAGAGAGGAAAUCAAGGAGGAUUUACUUGGGGGCUUCUGGGCGCCAAGCUUUCUUUGCCCCCUCUUUACCUUCUAAAGAGGGGGAUCCGAAAUUCUGGGACAGUCUUUUAAUUUGGGACACAUCAGGAAUCUUGGCGUUCACC